ACUAUUCUGAGUGCGACACCGUAAAUCAAACAAGCCGAAGAAAACUUUUUCCUAGAAUUUUGCUUGGGGUUUUUAUUCGGUGACUAAUACUACGAAAACAAUAAAAUCUCGGACACUUUGUUAGUGGCUAGAGAAGUACGAUGACAUUUCAGUCGCCGAUGCCGAGUAGAGAGUUCCUGUGGGAUGUUUUCCAAAGGGUAGACCGAGACAGAAGUGGGUAUAUUAGCGCAGACGAACUGCAACAGGCGUUAUCGAAUGGCACAUGGAGCCCCUUUAAUCCUGAGACUGUUAGACUAAUGAUUGGCAUGUUUGAUCGCCACAAUAAAGGUCAAAUAAGCUUUGAAGAUUUUGGUGCCUUGUGGAAAUAUGUAACAGACUGGCAAAACUGCUUUAGAUCAUUUGAUAGGGACAAUUCUGGCAAUAUAGAUAGAGAGGAACUGAAAACUGCCCUUACUUCAUUUGGUUAUAGGCUUUCAGAUAACCUUAUUAGCGUAAUGUUAAGAAAAUUUGACAGACAUGGAAAUGGAACAAUACUGUUUGAUGAUUUUAUACAAGCCUGCAUAGUUUUGUAUACUUUAACUGCUGCAUUUCGCCAAUAUGAUACAGAUCAGGAUGGAUAUAUAACAAUACACUAUGAGCAGUUUUUAAGUAUGGUGUUUGGUCUCAAAAUUUAAGAUUACAUCUAUUUUGUGUUUUGCGCCCAUAUGUCAUAUAUUUCUACACUCAGGGCUGUAAAUUUGUAACUUAACUUUCUAAACUAACAUUGUAAAUAUUGUCUCCAGUGUCAAAUUUUUUGUGAGUAGGGGUUGGUUGUUGAAUAUUGUUUAUUUUUAUGUAAUAAAUCUCUCAUCAUUUUGGAACGCCAUACAAUUAUUGUUAAUCUUAUUUUUUAUAAAAAUCAUAUUUAAAUGUUUAAUAAAUUGUU